GUGACGGUGGUAUCGAUAUAAAGGGGGAGGUUGCAGUAAUUCCAUUUGUUACUCAAUGUAAAAAUCACGAAGAAAAAGUUGGUGUAGAUGUUGUUCGUGAAUUUGAAGGGGUUCUUGUACGAGAAUCUCAGAAUACAAUUGGAAUUCUUGUAACAUCAAGGAGAGAUGGUUUUACACGAGGUGCUAAAAAUUGGAUAAAAAAUUAG